GAGCGCGUCGAGCAGCGGAGCCGGUCGGAGGCAGCGGAGCAGCCGGUUCCAGCCCGUUCGGGAGCCCCACGCCGCGGGAGCGAUGCUCGGAGCGAGUCUGUCGGCGGGCGGCAGCACCUGAAGAGCCGCGGUCCGUCCACCGGAGCCCCCUCCGCCCGGUCUGCCCCGGUCUGCCCCGCUCCCGGUGAGGAGCGUCCCCUCUGCCCGCUCCCUGAGCGUUUCGCCCCGGAUCGAGGCGGCCGGCCGGGCUGUGUGGACACGAUGUGGGGCACCGGGAGCGUCCCGCCGCCGCCGCUGCUGCUGCUGCUGCUGCUGCUGCUGCCGGUGCUUCCAGCCUCCGGUGAACUCCAGCAGGAGACCGAGCCGCGGAGACUCCCCCCGCCGGGAAAGUUGGAUUUCGGCUACGUGCCUGCGGGAGUUUAUGAGACGCUGGCUCACUACGAGCCGGGACCGAUCGGGAUCCUCUUCCACCUGGUGCACGCGUUUCUGUGCGCGGUGCAGCCCAACGCCUUUCCGCACGAUCUCAUCGUCAAACUGGCCAAGGACAAGUUCGGCGCCAUCCACACGGAAUACCAGAAGCCAGAGAACGUAGUGCUGACCCUCCAGGCCCUCUACUACGAGGUGGGCUUCCUGGUGUGUGCGGCGGUGGGCCUGCUGUUCGCCGUGCUGCUGCCCGUCGUCGGCCUCUUCUUCUGCAUGUGCCGCUGCUGCGACAACUGCGGCGGCGAGAUGCACCAGCGGCAGAGGAAGAACGCCGACUGCCGCCGCGGCCUGCUGGGGACGCUGCUCUUCUCCACCUCGCUGGUCAUGACGAUCGGCGUGCUGUGUGCGUACGCCGCCAACCAGAACCUGAGCUCCCAGGUGAAGAGCGUCCGCCGGCUGGUCAACAGCAACAUGAGGGACCUGCACACGUUCGCCAACGACACGCCGGUGCAAAUUGAUUACCUGAUCUCCCAAUACGCCACCGCCAAGAGCAAAGUCGUCUACGACCUGGACAACAUCGGGCCGUUGCUGGGGGGACGGAUCCACCACCAGCUGGAGAAAGAGGUCCAUCCUGCCCUGGACCAGGUUCUCAACAUGGCUGGAGCCAUGAGGGAAACCCGGGAGGCCCUGGAGAACGUCAGCGUGUCUCUGGAGGUCCUCCAGGAAGGGACGGGCAAGCUGAACUUCAACCUGAGCCUGGUCCGGACCAGCAUCAACCGCACGCUCAGCGACCCGGGCUGCCACGACGAGGAGUCGGACGCCACCACCGCACAGCUGUGCCGCAACAUCCGCCAGUCUCUGUCCCAGCUGCAGAUCGGCGCCAACUUCACCCGGCUGCCCCGAGUCGACGCUCAGCUGCAGAAAAUGAACCAGGUGUUGAAAACAGACCUCAGCGCCAUCGUCCACAGAGGAUUCUCUGCUCUGAACGACACGCCGCACAUGGUGACGGAGCAGACCCGGAGUGUGGUGGAGACCGUCCAGAACCUGGUGGACGGCAUCGGCCACAACAUCAGCAGCUUCUCCAAAGCCUUCCCCCUGCAGAGCUGCCUGUCCAACUUCACCAUCUUCAUCAGCCACGCCCACGCCAAGAUCGAGGACUACUACCCCGAAAUCGACAAGCUGGACUUCUACAGGUGGAUCGGCUGCAUCACCCUGUGCUGCAUGGUGGUCCUGGUCCUGGCCUUCAACUACCUGGGCCUGCUGUGUGGCACUCUGGGAUACGACAAGCACGCCUCGCCCACCACGCGAGGAUGCAUCUCCAACACGGGAGGGACCAUGCUCAUGGCCGGCGUGGGAUUCAGCUUCCUCUUCUCCUGGGUGCUGAUGGGACUGGUGACCGUCCUCUUCCUCGCCGGGGGAAACCUGGAGAAGCUGCUGUGCGAGCCGUUCCACUCCAAAGACCUCUUCAAGGUCGUCGACACGCCGCAUCUGAUCCACCCCGAGUGGAAGAACUUCAUCCCCGGAUACAUGUACAACGACUCCGAGCUGGAGCUGACGGCCGAGAGCCUGUACAGCACGUGCAAACUGAACAGAGGUAUUUAUUCAGCCAUGCGUCUGGACAAAGUCUUCAACGUCUCGUCUUUCCUCAACACCUCUGUGUUCACCAAGGACGUGGUGCUUCAGCUGGACAGCGUGAAGAUCGACCUGAGAUCCAUCAUCCUGCUGGAGGCCGAGGGCAAACAGAACCUUCUGGACUUCUCCGAGUCUGGAGUCUCAGAAAUCAACUACGCCGACUACCUGGAGGAGGUGAAUAAAGGAGUGACGGUGGUCGACCUGCUGUCGUUCUCCAGAGAGCUGGAGGCCCAGACGGACCUCAUGCCCAGAGGUGCUCUACAGACGGCUCUGAAAGGCCACGUGGGAACUCUGCAGCAGAUUCACCGCCAGCAGAUCAUCCCCAUGGAGCAGGCCAUGAAAUAUGUUAGAGCGAGGAGCGCCUUGAACCAGAGCAUGAGGUACCUGGAGAGGACGGCGUCCGACCUGCCGAAUAAAAUCUUAGCGAUUCUGGAAGCCAUCGACGCCGCUCAGCUCCUCAUCUCCAAGAACGCUUCACACCUGAUCAGCCGGGAAACUGCUAAAUACACGGCGACCAUCAUCAGCUACUUCCACCAGUACAUCGAAUGGGUGAAGACCUCGCUGGCCCUGGAGGUCGCUCCCUGCAAGCCCUUCAGCAACAUGGUGGACACGGCGGAGAUCAUGGCGUGCAGCUUCCUGACGGACUCCAUGAACACCUUCUGGAUGGGUCUCGGCUGCAGCACGCUCUUCCUGCUGCCCAGCAUCGUCCUGGCUGUCAAACUGGCCAAGUUUUACCGCCGGAUGGACACGGAGGACGUCUACGACGACAUUGAGACAAUUCCCAUGAAAACUAUGGAAACUGGUAUUAAUGGUUAUCAUAGCGAGCGCUCGCAGGGUCUUCCCAGUCCUGUGACGACAAGCGUCCCUACCUAUGACACCAUGAACAGGUUCCCGCGGGCCUCGGCUCCUCCGAGACACAUCGACUGGUGACGAGUGUCUGUGGCUCCUGACAGCUUGUUUUAGUGCUUUUCUGCUGGCAGGAAAACCAUCAUGUGCCCUCGAAAACUGGAACUAAAACACUGGAUGAUCUCCUGACUCUACGGACCAGACGAGGAGGAGGAGGAGGAGGAGGAGGAGGAGGAGGAGGAGGAGGAGGCCGUCCUCCUCCAGGUGACCCACGCCUCCCUUCACUGCCUUCGGUUCGACUCCGGCCUGCAGGACGACCCACUGCCCUCAGCACCCGUCUGAGCCGGGCUGCUGCCGCUUCCUUUUCCUCCCGGUCUUCGUUUACGCCGUCGGGACGGGAAACGUUCAGUGAGAGGAUCAGCUCCAGCGACCGGACCGCCCGGAGCUGAAACACUCUCCCUCCUCGCUGCGUCGGCCCGGACGUCGGCUCUCGCCAGAGACGGUUCGCCCCGAGCCGCCGGAGCCGGAUCUGGACGGACCCGGCUCGCUGAUGUCGUAAUGAACUUUAGCAUGAAUUAAAAUGUUUACAAUGACUAGAAGUUUAGUU